AUGGAGACGUCGGCUGGUUUCUGGCUCCUGGCUGUGCUGCUCUUAGCUGCAACCAGCUUCUCUCAGGAUCAGACUGUGAAGUACUUCAAAGUUGGUGACACACUCCAGCUCAGCCCUCAGCCGGUCUCUGAACAGAUCUACAGCGUCGUGUGGAAAUACGGCAAGAACCUGCUGGCUGAGUGGGUGAAAGACCAGAUUCCUCUGACAUAUUACAGCAGGUUUAAAGGACGAACCACUGUGAACACUGGCACAGGAGUGUUGGAGAUCAGGGACAUGACUGCGGCGGACACUAGACUGUAUUCAGUGGAGAUCAACAACCAAGUCCAGAGUCAGGUAUAUCAGAUUGUGGAGAUCGAAGCAGUGCCCCAGCCUGAGGUGAAAGUGACGCCGCUGUUGUGUAAUUCAACCUCAGAGAGCUGUAAACUGGUGUGUGACGGAGUCAUUAACAAAGCCGGGCCUGUUGAGUACUUCUGGAAGAAGGAUGAUGGAGAGUGGGAGCAGUCAGGAAAGAAGAUGGAGAUCCUCAAUAAUGAGGAAACACGUGUGAAAACUUUCUCCUGCAGGAUGAAGAACCUGGUGAGUGAGAGCGACAGCGAGCCCAUCGAUAAUCCGCUCUACCAGGAGAAAACCCAGGCUGUGGACUCUGUGUCACACUUUCAGGGGCUGUGA